AUGUCUCGAUCCAGAACAUACCGAUUGAUGAAAGAAGCGUAUGUGCCCGCGUAUAUCUUCCGGCAACCAAAGGAAGGCCUGUUCGAAAGAGAGCACGAUUUACUAAGGCCAAUCCCCGGCUACUUCUGUAUUCUGCAUAUGGCAAGGUUCAAACCAAUGAACCUCCUUACAGAGAGACACUCUAGAUGGAGGCAGGAUAGGAGCAAAAAAGAGCCAUCACCUAUUCCCUGGUGCCUCCGCGUCCGUUUAUCGCAUGGCUCUUUGGGUUUACAUAAACUGUCUGGCCAGAAGGAUCAGAGACGAAGUGCGAUUCGGGACCAUCUUCCAGGACUUGAUGGACAGAAAGAACGCAAAGUUUCCACCCAAACAUCGCAAUCGUCGACCAUGAAGGACAACGAAUCGAUCGAUCAUGCGUUGACAGAAACAUCGCCGAGUCAGGGACCAAGAACGGCGUCCUCGGCGACAUCCAUAAUUAGCAAAGACGCAUCAGAAGAAAGCACUACAAAGAACUCCAAUGCACCGACACCAGCGGAGCAACGUACCAAGGAGCCAACCUCGGACACCAAGGCUCCGGAGAAGACAACAAGUAAAAAGAACCAGGCAAAGACCAGGACAUAG